AUGGCCGAAACCAGCGUCCUCAACAUCCUCAUGUACUUCAGUGUGGCGAUCUUGGUCAUGUUGAUCGUGGUCUACCUCUACUUCUUCUUCGUCUACUUCGCCUACAAGGAGAUCAAAGUGAAGGGGGCAAUGAGUGCAUUCGUGGACAAGUGGAAGAUGAUCUACAUCAUUCGAUGGUGGAUCUACGGCUUCGUCUUCUACGUCCUCCUGGUCAUCGACUACUACAUUGGCUGCGAUGGUUGGCGCUUGGACUUCUUCAAUGGCAAGUUCAUCCAUGAUCAUCCUGGCGAUGGUGCUCUCAGUGGUGGCUUUCACUGUAAGGAGGAUGAGUUCGUCAUCUAUGUCAUCGAGUUCUGCCGCUGCACCAACCUCUGCGGCUGCUGA